UCUUCCGCCGCAACUUUUUGGAGCUCUCUACUGUUGUGAGAUUAGCUUCGGUAUCAUUGUUUUUGUUUGUUCCCACUGACAACAGAAUUUUAUUUUUUUAUUUAUUAUUAAAGGAUGAAUCGAUCUGGUGCUGAAAUUACAUCUAGUCCAUUUACUUCAAAAUUCGUCCAAGACCGGUUAGCACAUGUUGAAAAAAAUUUUGGUGACCUCUGUGUGUCUUUUAAUUCUUAUACUAGAAAAACUGCAAGAAUCCGGGACAAAGGUGAUGAAAUAUCGCAGCUGAUUGUCAAAUACGUAGACAAAGAAACCUUGAACCCCUCUUCCAAGAAAUGUCUCACGACUUUUGCCGAGAAUUUGUCCACAAUUCAAGAUUAUCGGCAGGCUGAGGUGCAACGCCUUGAUGCCAAUGUCUUGAGACUUCUCUCUGAUUAUGGGCCCAAGUGUAAACAAAAGAAGAAUGAAUUAAAGACUUCAUUCGCAGCUCAAGAGCGUGAAGGAAAGAAAAGACAAGAGAUGAACAAAUUACUCCUUCGAAGUCCCACCAAUCAACAUCAGAUUGCUCAGGUAAUAAUUUUUGUUUUUGUUUUAGUUGAAUCAGUAAACUCUUGGAUCACUGCCAAAUCAGACUAUGCGAAAGCAAGUGUUGAGGCCACCCGGUGCAGUAAAGUCCUGGAGAAAGAAAUGGAUGCAUUUGAGUUGCAAAAGCUGACCGAUAUGAAGAAAGUUUUAUUGAAUUUUGUACGAACAGAGAUGACGUUCCACUGCAAAGCUUUAGAAUUAUACACCAUUUGUUUCCAGAAUCUCUCAGAUAUCAAUGUGGAGGAAGAUCUUGAUGAAUUUCGGAAACACAUACACCCACCAACUUUCACAUCUCGAAUGGAGAUAGCUCAGAAAGCAUCGAUAGAAAGCUCACCUCGCAUUUCAAAGCCAGACAGUGGUUCACUUGGCAAGAUCCCGCAGACUAUGUCUUCGGUAAUGACAUUUGAGGAUGUUGACGACGACGACGACGAUGAUGAUGAUGAUGAUGAAGAUGACGAUGACGACGACGAUGAUGAGGAUGACAUUGAAGAAGAUGAUAGGCAUACUACUUUUGAUAGCUCCAACAGAAUAAGCUCAAUGCAAAGCACCAAUAUGUCAAUUUAUUAGCUGUCCUGCAAUUCCCUCCCAGAUCCCUGCAUAGCCUAAACAAAUGACUUUUUAUUUUUUUUUUGUAAUUUUCCUUACUUGUCCUGUUUUUUUUCUUUUUCUCUCUUCUUCUUUGGCAGAUAUGGCACAUAAAGCGUUGGUCAGGCCCUGGGAUCAAUUUAAUCGGAUGAUACAUACCAUUAAAAACUCCUAGCUUUGUGUCUGUCUAAGAAAUCAUUACCUAUUUGAUAUACCGUUAGAGAAUGCUAGAGAAAAAAAUACCUUGUGGUAUUUAGUUAUGCUAUUCCGAGCUGGCAGAAAUGUUAGCACGCCGGGUGAAAUGCCUAGUGGUAUUUCGUCUGCCGUUACGUUGUGAGUUCAAAUUCCG